AUGUGGGUGUUUUACCUGAUCUCGCUUCCUCUAACAACCGGUAUGGUGCUUUUCACGUUGAGGUACUUCGCCGGUCCUGAUGUUCCCCGAUAUGUGCUUUUCACCGUUGGAUAUACUUGGUUUUGUUCACUCUCCAUCAUCAUUCUCGUCCCUGCUGACAUUUGGGCGACGAUAGCUUCUCACACUGAGAAUGGAGGUAUUUCUUUCUUUUGGAGCUGGUCAUAUUGGAGUACAUUUUUGCUUACUUGGGCUGUGGUGCCCCUUAUUCAGGGUUUUGAAGAUGCAGGGGAUUUCACUGUAUCAGAAAGAUUGAAGACUAGUGUACAUGUUAAUUUGGUUUUCUAUCUAAUUGUGGGAUCCAUUGGCCUUUUCGGAAUUAUUCUUCUCAUUAUGAUGCACAGGAGCUGGACUGGGAGUCUUUUGGGAUUUGCUAUGACUUGCUCAAAUACAUUUGGACUUGUUACGGGAGCAUUUCUUCUUGGCUUUGGUUUAAGUGAAAUUCCUAAAAGCAUUUGGCGAAAUGCCGAUUGGACAACCCGCCAGAAAGUUCUUUCCCACAAAAUUGCCCAAAUGGCUGUCAAACUUGAUGAUGCUCACCAAGAACUUUCAAAUGCUAUUGUUGUUGCCCAAGCAACCUCCAAGCAGAUGUCUAAACGGGAUCCUUUGAGACCUUAUAUGAAUGUCAUUGAUGAUAUGCUUACUCAAAUGUUUAGAGAAGACCCAUCCUUCAAACCACAAGGUGGACAAUUAGGGGAAAAUGAUAUGGAUUAUGAUACAGAUGAGAAGUCAAUGGCAAAACUAAGGCGCCAUCUUCGAAAUGCUCGCGAAGAAUAUUAUAGAUACAAAAGUGAGUAUAUAACUUAUGUACUUGAAGCCCUUGAGUUGGAAGAUACAAUAAAGAAUUAUGAACGUCGCAACUCAACUGGAUGGGAAUAUAAUUCAACCAUCAGACCUGAUCGGACUGGCAAGUUGGGGUCCUUAUUUGAUACUUUGGAGUUUUUUUGGAAAUGCAUUAUAAGGAAACAAGUUGAAAAAGGCUUUGCUGUUUUACUUGGUAUCAUGUCUGUUGCGAUUCUUUUAGCAGAGGCAACUCUGCUGCCUAGCAUAGAUCUAUCACUUUUCUCCAUUCUUAUAAAAUCCGUUCGAACACAGGAGCUGCUUGUGCAGGCAUUUGCUUUUGUUCCACUCAUGUACAUGUGCAUCUGCACAUACUAUUCUUUAUUCAAAAUUGGAAUGUUGAUGUUUUAUUCACUGACGCCCAGACAGACCAGCUCAGUUAACUUGCUUAUGAUAUGCUCGAUGGUGGCCCGUUAUGCUCCCCCUAUAUCAUACAACUUCCUCAAUCUCAUUCGCCUCGGUCCUCAUAAAGAAACUAUAUUUGAAAAGCGAAUGGGAAAUAUUGACAAUGCCGUCCCUUUAUUUGGGGAUAGGUUUAACAAAAUCUAUCCACUUAUUAUGGUUACAUACACCCUUUUGGUUGCCAGCGACUUCUUUGACAAAGUAUUUGAUUUUUUGGGGAGCUGGAAGAGAUAUAUUUUCAAAACUGAAGCAGAGGAUAUGGAUGGUUUGGAUCCAUCAGGAAUAAUUAUUUUACAAAAAGAGCGGUCUUGGCUUGAUCAAGGGCGCAAAAUCGGGGAAGAGCAAGUUGUUCCGCUCGCAAGGAAUUUCAAUGGAAUUGAUAUUGAAUCAGGCAGCAAUUAUAGGGAGAGGAAUGGUGUUGAAAUGAAGACAACUGAUUUAAUUACUGAAGAAGGGAACGUAGGUGUGACGAAAACUUUGGAUGAAGAGACAAGAAGAUAUGGCUCGAGCAGAGAAGCUAUAAGCAACAAGUAUGCAGCGAUUAGAGGGCAGGGUGGGUCAUUAUCUAAAUUUAAGGCAGAAGAGAAAAACACAGCCUCUGCUUAUUCUGCGCUUGAUGAAGGCAAUACAAAUUCUAAAAGUUCAGCUGGAGCACCGUCUUCAGGUUUGGCUUCGACAUGGCACACAAUGAAGACAGGCUUUCAGAGUUUCAAGUCCAACAUAGGGGCCAAAAAGUUUUUACCUAUACGACAAAUACAGGAAAAUGCAGUGUCUCGAGUGUCCUCGUCAGAGUCACUUGAUGAUAUAUUUCAAAGGCUCAAACGGCCAUCUUUAGACCAAGUUACUUACAAUGACGAGGACUAA